UUAGACUCGCAACGGAUUGCAAGCAUCUCACAUUUGUCUUCGUCCAGCUGUGGAAAGAGUGCACCGGAUAAAAAUCUUUGUAGAAUUGAGAAAACCAAAGCAGCCAGCAGCAGCAGCAUCAGGUGAAAAGUAGUGAAACGGUCGAAUAAUAUGAUGUUUGGCUUUUGUUGAGGGGUUCAUAGGCCUCCACUUUAUCGGGGAUUCCCUUUUUUAAGUGCAAUGGCUUAGAUUUUUCGAGAUAUGAAAAGCUCGGAAAAUUUUGUUAACAGAGCAGCGUGGAGUGAAGAAAAAAAGGAUUUUUUUUUGCGAUUCGAUUGUGUGAAGUGUUAUUAGUGCUGCGGCGAAGAAGAAACUCUGAAUGAAGAGGAAGGUCACUGAGGAUGCGAAAGAGAAUUGGUUUACUCUUCCAACUAAGGUGGCUACGAGCAAGCGGUAUAUCAAGAUAGGUAAUUAAUCGUUCGUGGAUGUGAUUAUCGGAAGCUGCAAAAACCGAUAGUGGCAGUAGCGGCGCACAUAUCACAAGCAGGUGGUGUUGCUCCAGCCGUCCUGGCCGUUCUGUGGCAGCCCUGUGAGGGCUUUAAUUAGAUUUGAAAAUAACAGGGCGACGAGGGAGAAGGAUAUUUUUCCUCGGCUCGUGUCGCCUGCGAUACGUUUGCCAAUUAGAUUUCGAGUGGCAACUGGAGGUGACGGUGUUCGAAAAGUUCGAUGAGUUGUUUACAUGUGUGUAAUCCCAGCUGUGUGAUUUGACCUAUCCGUGGAAAAGCAGACAGUCCUGUUCGAAAUGUGUUUGGCGUGAAGUGUUUGGUGUUGCGUUAGUAUAAUAACAUUACAUAAAAUGUUCACUGACGGAUGUAAUACGCCGUAAAGUUUAGAACGAACGAAGUCCUCAUUGAAAUUUCCUGACUGCUCACAGAAGAUCCGUCGCAUCACAUCAAACUUGGAAUGCAGAAUGAUCCAUUUACAUUCUACGCGAGGAGAUCCAUUUUAGGAUCAAAUCAAAUCGCUUUUCCUUAAGCCACCGAACGGAUAGCUAGGGAAGAAAAUAUGUGAAUAACUUGUGUACUUGGGCAACGAGGAGCAAAGAGGAGUAAAUUGUAGCAAUUAUUUCAAAAGUUCCGGGCACACCGCAGGCCGAGUGAAUGCCCUGAAGCGUAUUUUUCAACCGAUAUAAUCGCGACUGUGAGUCGCGAAAGUGAGAGAUAACAAUUACGCCACCCCCGCAGCUAACCGUGGGAGUCUAGAGUGGGGUAUCUCAUUCUACCAACGCCCUUUAAGAUUACCAUUUUUCUGGCGCGGUUUGUCUUCGGGACGCGAAGCUCGUCACAAUGUUGAUAAAGGAGUACAGGAUACCACUGCCGCUCACGGUGGAGGAAUACAGGAUAGCUCAGCUUUACAUGAUAGCGAAAAAGAGCCGCGAUGAAAGUAAAGGCGCCGGAAGUGGUGUGGAGAUUAUCGUCAACGAGCCCUACCAGGAUGGGCCGGGCGGAAAUGGGCAGUAUACUCGGAAGAUAUAUCACGUGGGGAGCCACCUUCCCGGUUGGAUCAAAGGAUUGCUACCGAAGAGUGCACUCACGGUGGAAGAGGAAGCGUGGAAUGCCUAUCCGUACACCAAAACGCGAUACACGUGUCCUUUCGUGGAGAAGUUCUCGUUGGAGAUAGAAACCUACUACUUUUCCGACAAUGGUUACCAGGAUAAUGUGUUUAAGCUGAGCGGAGGCGAUUUGCGAAAUCGAAUAGUAGAUACCAUCGACAUUGUGAAGGAUCAGCUGACCGGAGCGGAUUAUAUCCGCGAGGAAGAUCCGACGCUGUAUGUUUCGGAGAAAACGGGACGAGGCCCUCUGGGAGAGCACUGGCUGGCUGACUAUUGGGAUGAGGUGAGAGGGAAGAACCAACCAACGGCAAACAAUAUGUCACUGAUGUGCGCUUACAAGCUGUGCCGAGUCGAGUUUCGCUACUGGGGUAUGCAAACCAAGUUGGAAAAAUUCAUUCACGAUGUUGCGUUGCGGAAAACCAUGGUCCGGGCCCAUCGUCAAGCGUGGGCCUGGCAGGACGAAUGGCACGGUCUCACCAUGGACGACAUCCGUGAAAUCGAGCGACAGACGCAGCUAGCGCUUCAGAAGAAAAUGGGCAAUGAGGAUGAGGAAGAUGAUGAGCGAAGCACAUCGGAAAAUAACAGCCGCCAAUCGAAUCAAUUCAAUUCGAUUGAAAAGACUGAAGAAAAUUCUACACCUCAGGUCAUGAAGAAGCCCACUAUAUCACCUCCGUCGCCAGAACAGUUUUCACAGCAACCACCGAAGGUUAGGAAGCAUCCUGUGGUAGAUAGUUCCGAGGAAGAUGAGGAGGAAGAAGAUGGCGAUAAUAAGGAAUCGCAUGAGCCGGAAGCGAGUCAUCAGAACCUACGCAAUAAUUACCUGACCAGUGUGGCAAAAUUGGGAUCAAAAGGGCAACUCCACUCACCGCUUGGUUCGGCACAUAGUUUCGAUCUGCAGAACGCAAAUCACAAUGUAUUACGAAGAAGUGUCGCGAAUUGGCGCAUGGAAAAGCUGGAGAUGGAUUCGAAAUCCGGCUCUGAAGAGGAGUUCUUCGAUUGCCUUGGUGAAUUGAACGAGCAACAUCCAUCGCUGGCCAAAUGGAGUUCACUGGAACUACUCGCCGAAGAGGAGGACAGCCCACCGCUACCGAACGACAAGUACCAGGAGGAUACCAUCUUUUCGCACAGUUAUCUACAGCGGGUCGCAUCCGAGAGGGAGAAUCGUCGCCCGACGCUAGGUGCUUCGUCGAGUUUGGAUCGAGGAUCCGAUUCGCCUCCGGGGUCACCUACACUGCCCACUUGCUCUACCACAGUACUGUUGCUGGUGAUGCAUGCCGGGAGUGUGUUGGACGCAAAUUCUGACAUGACUGCCAAGAAAUCCGAUGUGACCACGUUUCGGGGGGCGUUCGAGUCGGUUAUGCGACAACACUAUCCAUCGUUGGUGGGUCACGUGGCGAUACGAUUGGUUCCUUGCCCAUCCGUUUGUACCGAUGCGUUGGGUAUUCUGUCCAGCCUGAGUCCAUACUCGUUCGACGCGUCCCCUUCGACAAUUGACAUUCCAAAUCUGACAGAUAUACCCAUCGGAGCCAUUCCUCUGCUGACUACGUGUUCGCCUGACUUUCAGGAAGCUGUCAAUCGGUCUAUUGCCAGCGCCAAUAUGGUUUACAACGAGUUCUUGAGGACCGAAGAGGGCAGAGGGUUCAACGGUCAAGUGGCUCUUAUUGGGGAUUCCAUGGCAAGUGUUUUGGCCCACGAUGCCUUGGGUAGGGUAAAUGUCCGACAUGGGAGUGAAGCUUCCGGAUUAGAUCACAUAGUGGACUUCGUUGAAGUGAAUGAUCUGGACGCUACCAAGCUGUUGACGGCUCCUUCCCCACGACGGAGGUCUUCCUCAACCAGUGAAUCAAGACUUCCAAAGUUUGAAUUUGAAGUGGGGGAUUUCUUCAUGUUCGGUAGUCCUCUGGCUAUUAUACUGGCAGCUCGCAGGCUGAGUGACAGUCGCAACGGUACCAACAAACCUGCCUGCUCCCAAAUCUACAACCUAUUCCAUCCGACCGAUCCGGUUGCAGCCCGUCUCGAACCUCUUCUGAGCGCGCGCUUCUCAUUGCUUCCACCGGUUAACAUUCCCCGCUAUGCAAAGUAUCCACUAGGUAACGGUCAACCAUACCACCUGCUGGAGCUGAUACAAUCUUUCCCGCAUAUAUUCAGCGAUGGGCCACCUCCGAGACGACUCUCGGACACCUCGAUCCAAAGCGCCGCCUCCGGAAUGAUCGAUAACGUUCCGCUAACGACCAUCAAUCAGCUUCAGCAGCGUUGGUGGGGUUCCAAGCGGUUAGACUACGCUCUCUAUUGUCCCGACGGAUUGAGUAACUUCCCAGCUCACGCCCUCCCACAUCUGUUCCACGCAAGCUACUGGGAGUCCAGCGAUGUGAUUGCUUUCAUUCUCCGUCGCAUCGGACGAUUCGAUAAUCUUACUCUGGUGGGAUCCGAUGAUAAGGAGGUGUCGUCCUUCCGCCCGGCACAGGCACGAGAAAAGUGGAACAGGAAGCGAACUUCGGUGAAGCUGAAAAACGUUACCGCCAACCACAGGGCGAACGAUGUGAUCGUGCGGGAAGGAGAGCCCCAGAAGAUAGUGGCGCGGUUUAUGUACGGCCCACUAGACGUUAUCACGUUGGCCGGCGAGAGAGUUGACAUCCACGUGAUGAGAGACCCACCGGGUGGUGAGUGGAGUCUCCUUUCCACCGAAACCAGCGACAAGAAUGGUCGAGUCACCUAUGUUCUACCCGAAGAGCAAUCGCUCGGCUAUGGUAUCUAUCCUGUUAAAAUGGUUGUGCGAGGUGAUCAUACCUCGGUCGAUUUCUACCUGGCUGUGGUUCCACCGAAAACCGAGUGUAUUGUGUUCAGCAUAGAUGGAUCGUUCACUGCAUCGGUUUCGGUGACGGGAAAAGAUCCCAAGGUUCGGGCUGGCGCCGUCGAUAUUUGCCGUCACUGGCAGGAGCUGGGCUAUCUGUUGGUAUACAUCACCGGUAGGCCAGAUAUGCAACAGCAACGGGUACUUUCCUGGCUGAGCCAGCAUAAUUUCCCUCACGGGCUAGUUUCGUUUGCCGAUGGGUUUUCAACGGACCCUCUGGGUCACAAAUCCGCCUAUUUGAAUAACUUGAUACAGAACCAUGGAGUGAUUGUUCACCUCGCCUACGGUAGCAGCAAAGAUAUUAGUGUGUAUACGAGCAUCGGAUUGAAACCAAAGCAGAUAUUUAUUGUAGGCAAGGUGAGCAAGAAACAUCAACUAUUGGCGACACCACUAACGGAAGGCUAUGCUUCUCACCUGAGUUCCUUGAUAGCUCCAGGAGGUUCCCGGCCAGCCCAAGGCAAUGCCCGCAUGGUCAUACCAAGGGGCUGCUUUAAUCUUCCCGGCCAAAACCAGUCCAUUCGCAGGAGAAGGUUCGUUCCGAGCUAAUUCUAAUGACCAGCACUUUACAUCGUCGUUUCAAAGCAACCAACGCACCAAUAAUGACGCGGGGAUAUCAUCGCCGGUGCGCAGCGGAUUUCUCAAACGGAAAACAUAUCUCCACUAAAAUGUGUUGUACUGUGCUUAGUUAGUAGCACUUGUUAACAUCCUAAACCGAUCGCUUUCUGCUUCCGGAAACAAUAACAGUACUACUGCCAUUGUUAGCUGUUGGAAAGGGCUGAGCAUCUGAGGAAAACCUUAAACCAAGAAACACACUGACUGCUGCAAACGACGAGCAUGAUGUAAAUUCUUCUCUUACAACGUCUGUUACUGCUAUCUCUUCUAUCAUCACUUUACCGCGUACUGAAGUAAAACAAUGGUUGGAUUCUGUCACUUGGUACCUGGCUCAAAGAAGACUGUCUCUUACCUGAUGUAAGAACGAAACGUUCAAAGAUAAAGAUAACUAGGUAAACAUAAUGAAACAAACCCAAAGUAAUCUCGUUGAAAUAUUAAGGAAUCUUGUUGACUCUCAGUAUACAGUGAAUAUGUCAGUGAAUGAAAAAAACAUCCAUUAAUGGGGCGCUAGCAAAUUAAAUGCCAGCGUUUGUGGUCGCGGGUUUAUUCGACCUAGGAUUGCUACUUUGUACUAAAUCCCUGACAAUGGAAAUCAGUGACAUAAUACAUAUAUCAACUGUUGUGCAUGUGUGUGUAUUUGUAUUUGUUAUGAAGUAACCGGGAGGACGUCUUCAAAUUCAGAGGCUCCUGUCCAAGAGAUGAAGCAGCUCGUUACAAUCUCAAGUAAGUGUUCGUCUCGAUAUUAAAAGCUUCACCGUUAAGCAUAAUAAUAAUAAUAGCAAAUAUUGGUGAAAAACAGACAACAAACUGCAAAAGUGAACGAAAUCUCGAAUAUUUAUAACUGAAUGUUAAUGUUUUGCAAAGGAAGCAACAACAACAAAAAAAAGGCUAGGAUUAAAACGAACAACUGUGUUGUGAACUGUGGUAGAGGAAGGGAGGGGCAGUCAAAGAUAUUCUAAAUAUGCAUUAUGUUGUAUGUAAGCAAAUGCUGCAAUUGGGUGGCACUCUAUACAAGUUGGGUUUAAAAUUAAAGCUGCGUCGAUCCGUGAAAAGGAUCAAAGACCACAUGGUGGAAGUAAAUCAAAUUGUUUUAGUGAAUACAUAAUACAGGUUUUUGACAUUUCCAUCGUACUCUUUCGAAUUUAUAAGAGAUUGAGUUAAUUGUUUUUAAGUGCACUAUAUGUUCGUUUUUUAAUCUCGUUUAGUUCUAUGGGAAUCUCGCAAUUGACUGUUUGUGUUAUGAACACUACCCUCGAAAAUCAAACAAGCAACCUUUACCAACUUUGAUGUCGUUUGUUUGCAUAGUUAGUAAGAGAUCAAGCCAUGACACUAGAAAAUGACAUUACAAGCAAGUUCAAAAAUAAAUGAAUGGACAAUCCUUUUGUGGGCUUGGCUGAAACAACAAAAAAAAAAGAACGCAACUUGAAUCAAAUUCUACGCGAAAAGCAAUGUUUAAUGCUUCUAUUUUCUUCAACAGUCAACGCAAAUAAAUGACGAUUGUUGGAUGUCCAAUAAUUUAUUCGAUACAGGAGAAGAAACGAUAAAAUUCGUAUAUCAAAAGCACAGGAAAAAUGAUGACAGAAUAGUAAGAAAAAAUAUCGUGAUGUUCCUCAAAGGAAGCGCAAUUUAAAGCGGAGAUAAAUUAUUGGGAGAAGGUAUAUGAUGAACACAAACCAAUCGGAAACAAAUGUUGUUAAAAAACUAUUUUUGUGAGACAAACCAUUUAAAAUCAAACCAAAAGCAUUACAGCAUCUGUGAACACUUCGUUGACAGUUCGACAGAUGAAGAGAAAAACAAAAUUUGAGUGAAAACUUGAGUACCGGUAGAAACAAGAGUGAAACCGGAAUUAGAAAAGAAGAUAAGAAAAUAACACAAGAGAUACUAGGAACUAAAUGGCUGUUUAACUUUAUUUUUGGAAUCAAAAAACAAACAAAAGAAGAUAAUAUUAUUGUAGAACAAUGCAACAGAAGAAACUGUAUCAAAA